GAAAAAGUUACACUUCUCACGUGAUCUGGUUCCCCCAACGCCUUUCAGGACCAUAAAAAGCCAGAAAACACUCUGUUCAUCGACACUCACUUCCAGCAUCCUGCUUCUCAAGUAGAUUUAGGAGAUAGUAAAUAAAAUUUACCCAUCGGCUUCUCUUGAACUUCGUUCAAUGGCUGUUUUUUGGUACACUUUGUUGUUUAGCUGCGUGGCAUUGGUACAUGUGUUACCGGAGACUGUGGGAGCAGAUAAGUCCCAAAGAGAAAGAGAAGCUGACAAAGUUGUAUACUUGCCAGGGCAACCACUUGAGCAGUUUGGUUUCCAGCACUUUGCUGGUUACAUCAAACUCCGGCCAAACGAUGAGAAGGCACUUUUUUACUGGUUUUUUGAAGCCCAAAAUGAUGUUUCUCAUAGGCCUCUAGUUCUUUGGCUAAAUGGAGGACACACAGGACACAAAGCGAAUGAGGGGAGGAAAAAAAGAGAAGAGAAAGGAGAAGGACCAGGAUGCUCUUCUGUUGCUUAUGGUGCUAUGCAAGAACUUGGUCCCUUUCUUGUCCGGAACAACGGACAGCUUAUUUACAACAAAUACUCUUGGAAUAAGGUUGCAAAUAUUCUCUUUCUGGAAGCACCUGUGGGGGUGGGCUUUUCAUAUUCAAACAAGUCAGGGGACACAGAGAAGCUCGGUGACUCAAUUACAGCUGAAGAUUCUCAUGCAGUUCUGAUCGGAUGGUUCAAAAGAUUCCCCAACUUUAGGCUUCACGAUUUCUACAUUGCCGGAGAGAGCUAUGCUGGUCACUAUGUUCCUCAGCUCGCCAAUCUUAUUCAUGAAAAGAAUAAAGGAGCUAAGAAAGGAUAUUCAAUUAAUCUGAAGGGAAUACUGAUGGGAAAUGCAGUAAUCAAUGACCCAACUGAUCAACCAGGUUUAAUCGAUUAUGCUUGGACUCAUGCAAUUAUCUCCGACCAACUCCACCGGAACAUAUACAAAGAUUGUGAUUUCAAAAGCAACAUUUCGACCAGUCAAUGUACUAUGCAUAUUAGAGGUUUUUUAGAAGCUUAUUCAGGCAUAGACAUUUACAACAUCUAUGCUCCCGUUUGCCUCAGUUCCUUGAACAAGGCUGCUCAAAAACUCAUCGUGGCACCUCGAUUUUUCACUCAACAUGAUCUUUGGCACAAAUUGCCAUCGGGCUACGAUCCGUGUACGGAAGAUUACGUUGAGGCGUAUCUCAACAGAGAAGAUGUUCAGAAGGCCCUGCAUGCCAACCUCACCAAAUUGUCCUAUCCCUAUACCCCAUGCAACAAUAUAAUUCGAAAGUGGAAUGACGCUCCGGACACUGUAUUACCCAUCAUUAGGAAGCUUUUAAAUACUGGAUUGCGUGUUUGGGUGUUCAGUGGCGAUACAGAUGGAAGAGUGCCAGUAACAUCAACAAGGUACAGCAUCAAUGAGAUGGGAUUGAAGGUAAAAGAAGAAUGGAGAGCCUGGUACCACAAGCAGCAAGUGGCAGGGUGGGUGGAGACCUAUGUGGAGGGUGGUCUCACUUUCCUGACUGUGAGAGGAGCGGGUCACCAAGUCCCGAUGUUCGCACCUGACCAAUCCCUUUCUCUCUUCUCCCAUUUUCUUUCGAACACCCCUUUGCCAUCUUCACAUCACUAACUUAUGUAGCCUGUAGUCAGUUUAAAUCAACAGUUAGUUAUCAACUUCAUAGACAUGGAUAAUUUGUACGGAGAAUAAAGUACUAUGUUGUAUACUAUGUUUUCAGGCAUACUUCACCAGAAUCGUUUUCCCUCA